ACAAAAGGAACAAGCUGUUGAAUGGUAUAAGAAAGGAAUUGAAGAACUGGAAAAAGGAAUAGCUGUCUUAGUAAUUGGUCAAGGUGAUCAGUGUGAACGGGCUCGACGUCUGCAAUCUAAAAUGAUGACAAAUUUGGCAAUGGCCAAGGAUCGCUUGCAGCUUUUAGAGAAGCUGCAGGCAGUUUUGCAAAUUUCCAAGCCGCAAAUGGAGGUCUAUAAUGACAGUACUAACCUGGCAUGCCGCAAUGGACAUCUCCAGUCAGAAAGUGGAGCGGUUCCAAAAAAGAAGGAUCCCUUAACACACACGAGUAAUUCCCUUCCUCGUUCAAAAACUGUUGCAAAAACUGGAUCCACAGGCCUUUCAGGUCACCAUAGAACACCUAGCUACAGUGGGAUAUCAACAACUUCUGUGUCUAGACCAGCACCUAAUCCUGCAGCUUCAACUCAUAAGGCUGCUCCUAAAAAUAGCAGAACAAAUAAACCUUCUACUCCUACCACUGCUCCUCGAAAAAAGAAAGACCUGAAGAUAUUUAGAAAUGUGGACAGUAAUCUUGCUAAUCUUAUCCUGAAUGAAAUUGUUGAUAGUGGGCCAGCUGUCAAAUUUGAUGAUAUCGCAGGGCAGGAACUGGCUAAACAAGCUUUGCAAGAAAUUGUUAUCCUUCCUUCUCUUAGACCUGAGUUAUUUACAGGACUUAGAGCUCCCGCACGUGGUUUAUUGCUGUUCGGCCCACCAGGAAAUGGGAAGACAAUGCUGGCCAAAGCAGUUGCUGCAGAAUCAAAUGCUACUUUCUUUAAUAUAAGUGCAGCAAGCCUAACUUCAAAAUACGUGGGUGAAGGGGAGAAACUGGUGCGUGCUCUAUUUGCAGUAGCCAGAGAACUACAGCCUUCUAUAAUUUUUAUUGAUGAAGUUGAUAGCCUUUUGUGUGAAAGACGAGAAGGUGAACAUGAUGCUAGUAGGCGUCUAAAAACAGAAUUUUUAAUAGAAUUUGAUGGUGUGCAGUCUUCUGGAGAGGACAGAAUACUUGUGAUGGGAGCAACAAACAGGCCACAGGAGCUUGAUGAUGCUGUUCUAAGACGAUUCACCAAACGGGUAUAUGUGUCUUUACCAAAUGAGGAAACAAGAUUGAUUUUACUAAAAAAUCUUCUAAGCAAGCAAGGAAGUCCAUUGACCCAAAAAGAGUUGGCGCAACUAGCUAGAAUGACAGAUGGGUACUCUGGAAGUGAUUUAACCGCAUUAGCAAAGGAUGCAGCGCUGGGCCCUAUUCGAGAAUUAAAACCAGAACAGGUGAAGAACAUGUCUGCCAGUGAGAUGAGAAAUAUCAAACUAUCAGAUUUCACUGAGUCUUUGAAGAAGAUAAAGCGCAGUUUGAGCCCUCAGACCCUGGAAGCAUAUAUUCGCUGGAACAAGGACUUCGGAGAUACCACAGUGUGAAACACUACUUGAAGCGAAACAAAGUGCUGCCUAAGAAGCAAUUGGUACAGACGACUGGAAAGCAGCCAGAGUUUACAGGACUUUACAGAUCUUCAAGUAUCUGCAUUAAAACUUGAGAUUAAGAAAAAAUUACACAAUGUGAAAUGUGUUCAUCAAAGCCUCCUUGCCAUUUAGUGAGGAUUUACAGUCUGUAAGUAAGAGCACAACAGGACUUGAGAUAAGAUUCCUAGCAAUCCGAUUAUGGUUUGAACAAUAAUAUAUGUAUUUUAUUUCAGCUAGAAGGCUCUGAUGAUACUGAUCAUUGGAAAACCUUUUCCCUAUGUUGCGUGUGUGGUUUUUUGUUUUUAAUUUUGCCAUGACACUGAUGUCUGGCUUUCUUCCUUAUAACUACUAACUUACAAUUGGAGGUUUGUAAACCUUGGUUCAGUUUUUGACUUUUUUAUCCUUAAUGUGCCAAAUAAAACAAUUUCCCUAUGCAGAGAGGAAGAACAGCACUGGGAAAUUAUGAUUAUUAAAAUGUAAAAAGCAGCUGGUCUGUUAUUAUUAGUCUUUUUGUUUAGUUGUAAUGUGACUGUAUUGUUCACAGAACAGUUUUAAAGAAGACCUUUGAUAGCAGAACAGCAAAAAACCCCAACCCUAUAAAACCAAUUCAAACUGUCUUAAAAAAAAUAAUAAAUUACUAAAUAAAAAAAUAGACUAAGACAUUCAACUGGCAGUAGUAUUUUCUCUUACCACAUUUUGUAACACUUCCAUUGGUAGAAUGUUAGCUUACGCUUAUGGUGUACAACUUGAAGCCCAGUUGAUGUUUGAGAGAGUAGGUGAUGCUCAUUGUCAAGUUUCAGAAAUGAUGUGUUUCUACUCUGUGUUUUGGUCUGUUUAUGAUAAUUGAAAGUAAAAUUUCCAUUGUGAUAACUUUUUUUAAUCUACACAUGUAAGCAUUAAAAUAUGAGCCUACAUGUUUAACACAUGGCACACUAAUGUUUUAUAGCUUUCAUAUGUUUUGGUUUAUAUAGUAAAGUAUGAAACACUCAACUGAUCUGCUUUUUUAAAAAGAAA